AUGGCAGGACAUGCCGAGAAGAAGCAGGCCAAGCGUGCAGUUGAUACGAAACAGUACUACGUGUACGGCAUUGGUUUCGUCAACAUACUUUAUUUUGUGUGGAAGGUAUGUCUACACUGGAGCUCCAUGGGCAAGUGGAACUUGAUAGGUUGCCUCCUCUUCAGCGCCGUGUCGUACGUCACAUACAACGGAAUCAAAGGAACCUUGGAGUUGGGUCUCGAUUACGAGAUGUAUUUGGACCUGUUUGCCAUAAAUCUGUCAACGCAGUUUCUGGUGACAUUCAGCGACUACGGCUGGCUGUUGUAUCUGAUCGUGCCCGGUUAUGGAGUUUACAAACUGGUUAGGCUCCUGCUCGAUUACGUCUUCACACCCACCGAGGAGGAACUGUCGGAGAACGACCCGGCGUACAAGAAGAGGAUGGAGAAGAAGCAGCGGCAGGCGGAGAGAGGCAAGUUCAAGACCGUGCGGUGA